AUGUCUCCUCUGCUGGUCCUGCUUCUGGGGUCUGCACUCUGGCCCCAUGUCCUCUGCUACUUAUCAAACAAGAAAGCACUAUGGAAGGAUCCCCAGGAUAAAUUGUGGUACGAGGGUCCCCGUUUGGACAUCCUCAGUCUACUCCGGAGUAACAUCGACUUUACUUUCCGCCUCUACAAGCUCUUGGCAGCACAGAAUCCCGGGGAAAACAUCAUAUUCUCUCCAUUCAGUGUCUCUGUGGCUUUGGCCUUGCUAUCUCUGGGGGCCCACGGCUCCACCCAUACACAGAUCCUCAGGGGCCUCAAGUCUGACCUCUCACAUUUCCCCGAGGCUGAAAUCCACCGGGGCUUCCAGCUGCUGCUGGGUCUCCUGAGCACACACAGGACCCCCGUGCAGCUGAAUGUGAGCAGCGCUGUGUUCCUAGAUCAUCAGCUUGGACUUCAUAGACACAUCCGUACAAAGACCCUCAAAAAGUAUGGCUCCGACAUCAUUCCCAUCAACUUCAAGAAGACUUACAAUGCCAUGCGACUCAUCAAUGAAUAUGUGGAUCAGAAAACCCAUGGGAAAAUACCGGACCUGGUCAAGGACUUGGACUCACGGGCCAAGUUAAUGCUAGUGAACUGUCUCUUCUUUAAAGCCAAUUGGAAUAUACACUUCGACCCCAAGCUGACCGUCAUGUCCAAAUUUGUCGGGAGCAAGGUCAGCAAUUUGCAGGUGCCCAUAAUGACAGCCAAGAAUGUGCAGGUGCCGUACUUCCGGGAUAAAGCACUGGGCGCAACUGUGAUGCAGGUUCAGUAUUCGGGCAACAGCAUCUUAGCUCUUUUCAUCUUCCCUGACUCUGAUCGUCUGGCCGCGGUGGAAGCUGCUCUAUUCCCUAGCACUCUUCAACGCUGGAGAGAGAAGCUUAAGAUAAGAAAAAUGACCCUGCAACUGCCCAAGUUCUCCAUCUCCGGGAACUACAACCUGAAGCCUGUCUUGAGCAAACUGGGCAUCCACCAACUCUUCUCCAAGUGGGCAGAUUUUUCCAGCUUUGCCAAGACCAGAAACGUGUUCAUUUCCCAGGUGGUCCACAAUACUGUGCUGUCUAUGUCUGAGAAUGGCACAGAAGCAGCAACAGCUACAGGUUUCAAAUAUGUCUAUCAAACCUUCAAUGGGAACACAACGAUUAUGGAUGUCAGCAGACCCUUCCUCAUGGUUGUCCUCUCUGAGGACACACAGAGCAUCCUUUUCCUGGUCAAAAUGACCAACCCCCAGGAGACCACCACUCUGGCACCAAGCCUGGACUUAAAACAAAAGCACAAGAUCUUGUAUUAG